CACAAGCGCAGUAGCGUCUUACACGGGGUAAUGGUUUUCGUGCCACAGCUGACGUCAGUAGCACGAUUCCUUUCCUUUCAGUAUGGUAGUUUAGCGUAAACCUAGUGACAGUUCGCAAUGUCUGCUGACGAAAUGUCCCUGUCCGAUGGAGAGCCCUCAACGCGAGAACGAUGGGCUCCGGUCGGGGCAGUGGCUGAAGAAGCAGACGAGCAGAGUGCGGUGCUCGGUGUUGGGAUGAAGUCGGAAGGUGAGGAGGGAUCGGGCCGACUGCACUGUGCUGGGAUGUCUGGAGAGAUGGUGGACAAGCUGCGCAGGCUCGAAGAGGAGCAGGAGCUGCUUAACUCGUCUCUACUCGCCCUUACCUCACAUUUUGCCCAAGUGCAGUUUCGUCUGAAACAGAUUGUGCGGGCUGAGGGGCCGGAGAAGGAGGGGCUGCUAGCCGAGUUAGAGGACUUCGCAUUUAAAGGCUGCCCCUAUGUGCACGGGCCUUCGGGGAUUCCGAGCCAGCAGGUGCUGGAUGACUCGGUGAGUAAGAGUGAAUGGGAGAAACGGGAACGCAUUGAGGCACAAAGAAAAAAGCAAAGGGAACUCAUUGUUCAGCUCAAAAACCAGCUGGAUGAUUUAGAACAUUUUGCUUACCAAGAAGGAAAUUAUGAUUCUCUGCCACAGUCCAUGGUCAUGGAGAAACAACGGGUAAUCAUUGAUGAGUUGAUUAAGAAAUUGGAUGUUAAUUUGAAUGAGGACAUUAGCUGCCUAUCUCCAGAAGAGUUGCGGCAGAGAGUAGAUGCUGCCAUUGCUCAGAUUGUUAACCCAGCUAGAGUGAAGGAGCAGUUGGUGGAACAGUUGAAGACUCAGAUCAGAGACCUGGAGAUGUUCAUAAAUUUUAUUCAAGAUGAAAUUGGUAGCCCAUCUGAUACUGGUAGCAGUGGACCAACAUGUUACCACCCAAAUUCCAGCUCAGAUGCUCGAAGUAAUGUGAGCCCAGAGCAAGCAAAGCAAAUGAGAGAAACAGGCCUACAUUUGUUACGUCGAGCCCUGGCUGUCCUACAGAUCUUUGCAGUCAGCCAGUUUGGUUGUGGUACAGGACAUGUGCCAAAAAACCUCUGGAGGCAGGAUGAACACAAUAGAGACUUCACUCCUUUUUUAAAGAAGCUGGAGGUUUCUGUUGAGAAAGUGAGACAGUUGGCAGUGCGACAGCAGCCGCAGGAGCAUGUUAUCAGCUAUGCGAACAUGCAGGAAAUUACACUGGGAGGCAAAGAUGAGCUAACAGUUGUCGUGAGGAAAGAGUUGGCACUUGCUAUCAGAGAUCUUCUGUCGCAUGGUCUUUAUGCUACAUCUCAAGGAAUGAGUUUGGUUCUUGCACCAAUUGCCUGCCUCAUACCUGUCUUCUCUACCUCUCCACCCACUAUGCACCCCUGGGAACUUUUUGUCAAAUACUACAAUGAGAAAAAUGGAAAAGCAUUUGUUGACUCUCCUGCCCGUAAGCUCUCGCAGUCCUUUUCCCUUCCUGUUUCGGGAAGUACUAAGGUUACUCCCAAACAGAGCCUUCUCUCUGCCAUCCACACAGUUUUAACAGAACACGAUCCUUUCAAGCGAGGUGCAGACUCUGAAUUUAAGGCUCUUGUCUGCAUGGCAUUGAAUGAACAACGUCUUGUCUCUUGGCUUAAUUUGCUCUGCAAAUCUGGGGUGUUGAUACAGUCUUACUACCAGCCUUGGAGUUACAUGGCAAGCACUGGCUUUGAAAGUGCUUUAAACCUCCUCAGCCGACUCAGCAACCUGAAGUUCAACCUACCAGUGGAUCUUGCUGUGCGACAAUUGAAAAACAUCAAGGAUGCUUUUUGAUGGAUACUAAUGAACAUAUCACUGUAAGAAUUUUACACAUCUGUAAAUGACUGGACUUCCUUGUGGUUUUGUUUAUUUAAAACAAUGUAUAUGUGCAUACAAAGCAGCCAUUUAUCCUUAAAAUCUGCCAAUUAGGGAAAUUUGGUGUCCAGUUCUAUUUCCCACAAUGCAAUUGGGAAGAUACCCUUCACAAAGCACCAGGCCUCAUCAAAUGGCCUGGAAUGAAAGGCAUAUGCCAGUGGAUUUCAGAAAAGAAAAUAAGAAAAAUUGUACUGUUUUAUUGAAAAUUUGCAUUACAGUAGUGGACAAAUCAUAUUUUUUAAGUUGGUGACAGUCUAUUUAAAGGAGGAAAGUCACGUUUUAUUUUUAUUUAUGUUUUGUUUUUUUACGGGUCUAUUUGCAACAGUAAUUGGUUCAUGAAGUUCUUCUGCAUACUGACUAAACAAGCGCAGGACCCAAAAGUUUAGAUAGCAUGGAGGUAAGCCUGAAUCACACCACUUACACUCAGCGACCGAUGUGUGGAAAAAGUCUCUUUAAUUGGUUUUUGAAAGCUACAAAAAAGCAUUGCUGUUAAAUGUACUGUGGGCAAGAUAAGACAGCAUUCGAAACCUGAGUGGGGCUUUCCUCUACCUAACCAUAUGUAUGUUCCCUGUGAUUAUUUAAAGCACAUGUGAAUUCUUGCUGGGAUGCAAAAAAAUAAAAUUUAAACCCAA